CAUGGCUGAUACUAAACGGAGUCGAGUCGAUUAGAGUAAAGUUGAGAUCAGAGCAGUUAUUUGAUCACAUUCAUCACAUUUCCUUCAGAUGAGACUUGAGAAAACUUUGGUCUGUGGUUUGUUUCCUGUUCAGCAGCAGAAUCACUUCACAGACGUUCAGCAGCUUCAUGACGAUCAUUUCCUGCUUUCACAAGCAGGUGGCGCUCUGCUAUGAAUCAGAUCAAGGACAGUGAAGAGGAAACUCCGCCCUCUAAAACCACUCUGUGUGAGGAACAUGAGGGUCAGAGGAGGAUCCAUCAACAGAGACCAGACUCUGCUGGACCUGGACCUGGACCUGGACCCAGCUGUGUGUCCAUGAAGAAUGACUGGUCCAUGGAUCAACCUGUGACCUUCAAACAAGAACAGAGGACGAUCCAUCAACAGGGACCAGACUCUGCUGGACCUGGACCCAGCUGUGUGUCCAUGAAGAGUGACCGGUCUAUAGAUCGUUAUAUUAACUUCAAGGAUGGACAAGAACAUGGUGAACUGAUCAGGUGGCGCUCUGCUAUGAAUCAGAUCAAGGACAGUGAAGAGGAAGCUCCACCCUCUAAAACCACUCUGUGUGAGGAACAUGAGGGUCAGAGGAGGAUCCAUCAACAGAGACCAGACUCUGCUGGACCUGGACCAAGCUGUGUGUCCAUGAAGAGUGACCGGUCUAUAGAUCGUUAUAUUAACUUCAAGGAUGGACAAGAACAUGGUGAACUGAUCAGGUGGCGCUCUGCUAUGAAUCAGAUCAAGGACAGUGAAGAGGAAGCUCCACCCUCUAAAACCACUCUGUGUGAGGAACAUGAGGGUCAGAGGAGGAUCCAUCAACAGAGACCAGACUCUGCUGGACCUGGACCAAGCUGUGUGUCCAUGAAGAGUGACCGGUCUAUAGAUCGUUAUAUUAACUUCAAGGAUGGACAAGAACAUGGUGAACUGAUAGUUGAUCAGCAGAGGACAGAGGUUUUCAGUGGUCAGUCUGUCCAGCAGCAUGGAGCAGACCUGGACUCCAUAUUUAAGCUGCUGGAGGAGAACAUCAUCUGCUUUGUGAAGAACGAGCUGAAGAAGAUCCACAAGGUUCUGGAUACAGAUCACACAGAAGUCUCAGAGAGUCAGAGGGAGGAUGAGGAGCAGAGGAGCAGCAGAGAGGCCUUUCUGAAGAUCACAGAGGACUUCUUAAGGAGGAUGAAGCAGGAGAAGCUAGCUGACAAAAUCAGAGCUUCAGCUUGUCGACGUGAACUCAAAUCAAACCUGAAGAAGAAGUUCCAGUGUUUGUUUGAGGGCGUGGCUAAAGCAGGAAACCCCACCCUUCUGAAUGAGAUCUUCACAGAGCUUUACAUCACAGAGGGAGGGACUGGAGAGGUCAAUGAAGAACAUGAGGUCAGACAGAUUGAAAGAGCUUCCUGGAAACCAGACGGACCAGAAACAUCCAUCAGACAAGAAGACAUCUUUAAAGCCUCAGCUGGAAGAGACGGACCAAUCAGAAGAGUGAUGACAAAGGGCGUGGCUGGCAUUGGGAAAACAGUGUUAACACAGAAGUUCACUCUGGACUGGGCUGAAGACAAAAGCAACCAGGACGUACAGUUCAUGUUUCCCUUCACCUUCAGAGAGCUGAAUGUGCUGAAAGAGAAGAAGUUCAGUUUGGUGGAACUCAUCCAUCACUUCUUCACUGAAACCAAAGAAGCAGGAAUCUGCAGGUUUGAAGACUUUAAGGUGGUCUUCAUCUUUGAUGGUCUGGACGAGUGUCGACUUCCUCUGGACUUCCACAACACUAAGAUCCUGACUGACGUCACAGCGUCCACCUCAGUGGACGUGCUGCUGACAAACCUCAUCAGGGGGAAACUGCUUCCCUCAGCUCGCCUCUGGAUAACCACACGACCUGCAGCAGCCAAUCAGAUCCCUCCUGACUGUGUGGACAUGGUGACAGAGGUCAGAGGGUUCACGGACCCACAGAAGGAGGACUACUUCAGGAAGAGGUUCAGAGAUGAGAAGCAGGCCAGGAGGAUCAUCUCCCACAUCCAGACAUCACAAAGCCUCCACAUCAUGUGCCACAUCCCAGUCUUCUGUUGGAUCACUGCAACAGUUCUGGAGAACAUGCUGAAAACCAGAGAUGGAGGAGAACUGCCCAAGACCCUGACUGAGAUGUACAUCCACUUCCUGGUGGUUCAGUCCAAAGUGAAGAAGGUCAAAUAUGAUGGAGGAGCUGAGACAGAUCCACACUGGAGUCCAGAGAACAGGAAGAUGAUUAAGUCUCUGGGGAAACUGGCUUUUGAGCAGCUGCAGAAAGGAAACCUGAUCUUCUAUGAAUCAGACCUGACAGAGUGUGGCAUCGAUAUCACAGCAGCUUCAGUUUACUCAGGAGUCUUCACUCAGAUCUUUAAAGAGGAGAGAAGCCUGUACCAGGACAAGGUCUUCUGCUUUGUCCAUCUGAGUGUUCAGGAGUUUCUGGCUGCUCUUCAUGUUCAUCUGACCUUCAUCACCUCUGGAACAAAUCUGUUGUCAGAAGAACCAACAACGAGCCAGUGGUCCAUACAAACAAACAAACCUGAACUGAAUCAUCUGCACCAGAGUGCUGUGGACAAGGCCUUACUGAGUCCAAAUGGACACCUGGACUUGUCCCUCCGCUUCCUCCUGGGUCUUUCACUGGAGACCAAUCAGAAGCUCUUAAGAGGUCUACUGACACAAACAGGAAGUGGUUCACAGACCAAUCAGAAAACAGUUGAGUACAUCAAGAAGAAGAUCAGUGAGAAUCUGUCAGCAGAGAGAAGCAUCAACCUGUUCCACUGUCUGAAUGAACUGAACCAUCGUUCUCUUGUGGAGGAGAUCCAAGAGUCCCUCACAUCAGGACGCCUGUCCACAAAGACACUGUCUCCUGCUCAGUGGUCAGCUCUCGUCUUCAUCUUACUGUCACCAGGAAAAGAUCUGGAAGAGUUUGACCUGAAGAAAUACUCUGCUUCAGAGGAGGCUCUUCUGAAGCUGCUGCCGGUGGUCAAAGCCUCCAACAAAGCUUUACUGAGUGGCUGUAAACUCUCAGAGAGAAGCUGUGAAGCUCUGUCCUCAGUCCUCAGCUCUGUGUCCUCUCGUCUGAGACACGUGAAACUGAGUAACAACGACCUGCAGGAUCCAGGAGUGAAGCUGCUGUGUGAUGGACUGAAGAGUCCUCACUGUUCUCUGGAGACUCUCAGUCUGUCAGGUUGUCUGGUCUCAGAGGAAGGAUGUUCUUCUCUGACCUCAGCUCUGAACUCCAACCCCUCCCAUCUGAGAGAACUGGACCUGAGUAACAAUGACCUGCAGGAUCCAGGAGUGAAGCUGCUGUGUGAUGGACUGAAGAGUCCUCACUGUUCUCUGGAGACUCUCAGAAUGAGUGGCUGUAACCUCUCAGAGAGAAGCUGUGAAGCUCUGUCCUCAGUCCUCAGCUCUGUGUCCUCUAGUCUGAGACACGUGGACCUGAGUAACAAUGACCUGCAGGAUCCAGGAGUGAAGUUGCUGUGUGAUGGACUGAAGAGUCCUCACUGUUCUCUGGAGACUCUCAGUCUGUCAGGUUGUCUGGUCUCAGAGGAAGGAUGUUCUUCUCUGACCUCAGCUCUGAACUCCAACCCCUCCCAUCUGAGAGAACUGGACCUGAGCUACAAUCAUCCAGGAGACUCAGGAGAGAAGCUGCUGUCUGCUGGACUGAAGAGUCCUCACUGGAGACUGGACACUCUCAGGAUGGACCAUGCUGGAGAGCAGUGGUUAAAACCUGGUCUCAGGAAGUAUUCAUGUGAACUGGAACUGGACACAAACACAAUGCACAGACACCUCAAACUGUCUGACGACAACAGGAAAGUGACCCAUGUGACAGAAGAUCAGUCGUAUCCUGAUCAUCCAGACAGAUUUGAGUCCUGGUCUCAGCUGCUGUGUAGACCUGGUCUGACUGGUCGCUGUUACUGGGAGGUCGAGUGGAGAGGAAGAGUUUAUAUAUCACUGAGUUACAGAGGAAUCAAGAGGAAAGGCGACAGUUCUGACAGUUGGUUUGGACGUAAUGAUCAGUCCUGGAGUCUGAUCUGCUCUGAUGUUCUUGGUUACUCUGUCCGUCACUGUGGGACACAAACAUCCAUCAUGUCCUCUGUCUCUCACAGAGUAUCAGUGUAUGUGGACUGUCCUGCUGGGACUCUGUCCUUCUACAGCGUCUCCUCUGACUCACUGAUCCACCUCCACACCUUCAGGACCACAUUCACUGAACCGGUUUAUCCUGGGUUCCUGGUCUGGCCUGGUUCCUCAAUGUCUCUGUGUCCUCUGUAGGACAUGAAGAGACAGCAGCUUCAGUGGUGAACGAGGUCAAAGCUCGUCUCAGUCAUUCUUUGUUGAAACCAUCAAUAAAUAAAGACUUAAAGUGGACAUAUUAUACCCUAUUUCCCCAAGUUAAAAUAGUUCCCUGGUGUCCUAAUGAACAUGUCAGUGACAUGCCUUGGUCAAAAUACCAUAAGGAUGAAGCACCAUAGCAGUUCAAUAACCCUGCUAAACCCGCCCCUUUCAGAACGCUCGGUUUUCGUGCAUGGUCCCUUUAUAUGCAAAUGAGACCCAGGCAAACACACACCCACUUCUUCCAGGGGGUUUCUGAUUUGUCCUCUUUACAGCGCUCACUCGCUCAGCUGCUUCUCAUCUCCCCCUCCCUCCACUAGUUCUCUGACAAUAUCAACAUGGCAGCAUGCGCAGAAAACAGCGAGAGUGCCGUCACAGGAAGAGACGUCCUACAUAAGGAUCGAGCCGAACACUGCCCAACUGUAAAUCAGUUAAAUACACUUAGGGACAGCACAGCUGAUCGCCAGCAGCGCGCAGCGAUCUGAAUAAACUGGCGCUGUAUCAGACCGGUGACUGUAUGCUCCGGAGCUGGCGUUCAGUUUAGGCAGCUCGCCGCUCGCCGCUUGCGAUCAGCGGUGGCGAUCAGCUGUGCUGUCCCUAUGUAUCCAUGUGUCGGAGGUCUGUUCCUGUGACGGCACUCACACAUACAGCGCCAGUUUAGGCAGCUCACCGUUCGCCGCUGGCGAUCAGCGAUGCUGUCUUUUUAACUGAUUUUCACAGAGAGUGCAGCACCGCUGAUCGCCAGUGGCGAGCGGCAUAAACGGCCGCUGUAUGUGAUCAGACUGAGUCUGUGCUCCGGUCAUGGAGGACGUACUGAACAAAUAUUUUUAAUUAGGACGUGUCAGAAUGGUCAGUUAUGACCUCUAUGUGACCUUUUCUUAAAAAUGUGUGUGUUUGUACGUCGGUGAAAUACGGUCGCUGACUAAAUACGGCGACCGCUGGCCGCAGUCUGAUGUGAAGUGGUGCGAACACACGAACACACGUUUGCUGACUUUAUCCGGCACAUUAGCUUCAUAUAUAAAAUCCUCUGAGGCUGGAAGUUUGUGUAAAACACUGUGCUCCACUGUGCAGCCACCAACAGCACACUUGUCCCUCCGCGUUGACAUAAUACCGCUCUUCCUCCCUCGCCUCUCGCAUUUUAUAGGGACAAGGUGGAGCUAAGGUGGAGCUCUCCAAGUAAACUUACUGGUGGGGCUGUAACAUUCGCGGUGAAAUGCGCAUGCUGCCGUCAUAAGCACAGGGAAUUCAACAUCGAGUGUUUUAUCGCCUAUACUUACACUAAGGGGAACCACGAAAACAUGACGGAGUAUUCUUUUUCCCCACUUUCUUCUCACUGACGAGCCUUUCUGUCCCAGCAUGCACUGCUUCUCCUCCUCCUCCUCCUCUCCAUGCUGCCUGACAACAGUGCCCCCUGCUGCGUGUGAGCAGAACAACACUCAGAGUUACGCACACACACACGGAAAAUGAACCACACAUGAGCAGAUUAUGCCAUGUGUGGUUUCUGCUGUGAUGCAGGUGAAACUGAGUGUGCGUGACCUCAGGAUGACCUCUGUCCUCCUGCUGCUCUGUGAACGACAGCGAAGAACGUGUCCACAGUGACAGGAAACUCAUGACACUCAGAGGGUUUUUGCACUUUCCAAACAUCAUCAGUGUCUGUGGUUUCUGUUUCUGUGGCUUAAUGAAGAAUGACAUUUUCAACAUCAAUAAAAACCACAUCAUAUAACUUUAA